CCUCCAUCCAGUCAAUCCUCGCUGUCGUCGAGCCCUACCUCCAAGAUGGAUUCCAGCAAGCAGCCCGUUAAGCUCGUCAAGGUGACCCGUGUCCUCGGCCGUACCGGCUCCCGUGGUGGUGUCACCCAGGUCCGUGUCGAAUUCAUGGACGACACCUCCCGCAGCAUCAUCCGUAACGUCAAGGGCCCAGUCAAGGUCGAUGACAUCCUCUGCCUGCUCGAAUCCGAAAGAGAGGCCCGCCGUCUCAGAUAAUUUCUCCGUUUCCUCCGAGUUUUCUUUUUACCUCUCGAGGCUAUGUACGUUUUGCUUGCGAUGGAGAUGAUUCUGGGAGGUUGGGAAGGCAAAAAAGCGUGGUUGGUUCACUGCAUGGGCUGGUGCGACAACAUACGGUUGUGAAUUCUUUUUUCUCUCUUUUUACUAUUCUGUCUGUUACGAACUACCAGGGAAUAAAGAAGAAAAGAA